GCUGGGCUGGGCUGGGCAGCGAGGGCACAGCGAGCGCUGCCAGGGGAGGGGGCAGCGCCUGCCAGCUGGGGAGAGGCAGCGAGAGCCUCGGCAGCGAUGAGGGAGAAGCUGUUUAGUCAUCUCUCUAUAUAUACUUUCACAAUGAUGAGCACAUUUACUGAUUGCUGCUGACUGCGUUCGGAGAGGGAGGGAGAGCAGGCGGCACCGCUCACCUUCCAUCCCCAGGAGUGCCUGCUCCCCUUCUCCCGCUCCCCACACCCGGCCCCGCUCUGGGCGCCCAGUGUCCUUCCCUCCAGAUGGAGCUGGUGUGACCCGCAGCAGCGCCCAGCAGCCUCCCCAGCCCCGCCUGCACUAACGCGCCCGGGCUCACCAUGGCAGCAGGGGUGGCAGCCUGGCUGCCCUUCGCCAGGGCGGCCGCCAUAGGAUGGAUGCCAGUGGCCAACUGCCCCAUGCCGCUGGCGCCCACGGAGAAGAACAAGAGGCAGGAUGAGCUCAUCAUCCUCAACGUGAGCGGCAGGCGCUUCCAGACCUGGAGGACUACACUGGAGAGGUACCCGGACACUCUCCUGGGCAGCACGGAGAAGGAGUUCUUCUUCAACGAAGACACCAAGGAGUACUUCUUUGACCGGGACCCCGAGGUCUUCAGGUGCAUCCUCAAUUUUUACAGAACUGGCAAGCUGCACUACCCCCGGUACGAGUGCAUCUCUGCCUACGACGAAGAGCUGGCCUUCUACGGGAUCCUGCCCGAGAUCAUCGGGGACUGCUGCUACGAAGAGUACAAGGACAGGAAGCGGGAGAACGCCGAGCGCCUGAUGGACGACAACGACUCGGAGAACAACCAGGAGGGCUCCAUGCCCUCGCUGAGCUUCCGGCAGACCAUGUGGCGCGCCUUCGAGAACCCCCACACCAGCACCUUAGCCUUAGUCUUUUACUACGUCACCGGGUUCUUCAUCGCCGUCUCGGUGAUCACCAACGUGGUGGAGACCGUGCCCUGCGGCUCCGUGCCGGGGAGCAAGGAGCUGCCCUGCGGGGAGCGCUACGCCGUGGCCUUCUUCUGCCUGGACACGGCGUGCGUGAUGAUCUUCACCGUCGAGUACCUGCUGCGGCUGUUCGCGGCGCCCAGCCGCUACCGCUUCAUCCGCAGCGUCAUGAGCAUCAUCGACGUGGUGGCCAUCAUGCCCUACUACAUCGGCCUGGUCAUGACCAACAACGAGGACGUCAGCGGGGCCUUCGUCACGCUGAGGGUUUUCAGGGUUUUCAGGAUUUUCAAGUUCUCCCGCCAUUCCCAAGGCCUGAGAAUCUUGGGCUACACUUUGAAGAGCUGUGCCUCCGAGCUUGGCUUUCUCCUCUUUUCCCUCACUAUGGCAAUCAUCAUCUUUGCAACUGUGAUGUUUUAUGCGGAGAAAGGGUCCUCGGCGAGCAAAUUCACCAGUAUUCCUGCUUCCUUUUGGUACACUAUUGUAACCAUGACAACGCUGGGCUACGGGGACAUGGUGCCCAAGACCAUCGCGGGGAAGAUCUUUGGCUCCAUCUGCUCGCUCAGCGGGGUGCUGGUGAUCGCCCUGCCCGUGCCCGUCAUCGUCUCCAACUUCAGCCGCAUCUACCACCAGAACCAGCGCGCCGACAAGCGCCGGGCGCAGAAGAAGGCGCGCCUGGCGCGGAUCCGCGUGGCCAAGACGGGCAGCUCCAACGCCUACCUGCACAGCAAGCGCAACGGGCUGCUCAACGAGGCCCUCGAGCUCCCGGGAUCCACCGAGGAGGAGCAGCACAUGACGAAAGGCACCUCCUUAAUCGAGAGCCAACACCACCAUCUGCUGCACUGCCUGGAAAAAACAACGGGAUUGUCCUAUCUUGUGGAUGAUCCCCUGUUAUCUGUACGAACUUCCACCAUCAAGAACCACGAGUUCAUCGACGAGCAGCUGUUCGAGCAGAACUGCAUGGAGAGCUCCCUGCAGAACUACCCCUCGUCCCGCAGCCCGUCCGUGUCCAGCCAGGCGGGGCUGGGCGCGUCCUGCUGCUCGCGGCGGCACAAGCGGAGCGCGGCGCUGCCCAACUGCAGCGUGCCCGCCACCCGGCUGCGGAGCAUGCAGGAGCUGAGCACCAUCCACAUCCCGGGCAGCGAGCAGCCCUCCCUCACCGCCAGCCGCUCCAGCCUCAACAUGAAGUCGGACGACGGGCUGCGGCCGAACUGCAAGGCCGGGCAGAUCACCACGGCCAUCAUCAGCAUCCCCACGCCGCCCGCGCUGACGCCCGAGGGCGAGAGCAGGCCCGGCCCGGGCAGCCCCGGGCCCGCCACGAACGUUCCCAACAUCGUCAAGGUCUCGGCCUUGUGAGCCCGGCCCGGCGCUGGAGCGGCGGAGCCCCCCGAGCUCUGCGUUCCGCCGGGCACCGGGCACCAAGCGCCAGGCAGGACCAGGCACUGGGCACCGGGCAGAACUGGGCACCGAGCGCUGGGCACCGAGCGCCGGGUAGGACCGGGCACCGAGCAGGACCGGGCACCAGGCACUGGGCAGGACCGGGCACUGGGCACUGGGAAGGGCUGGGCACCGGGCAGAAGCAGGCACUGGGCAGAGCUGGGCACCAGACAGAACUGGGCACUGGGCACAGAGGAAGGGCUGCAGCAGGAGCAGAGAGCUGUGGGCAGAGCCAGCUGUGCCCAGCCAGCUGUGCCCCACAUGGCCCGGCCAGCUGUGCCCCGCCAGCUGUGCCCUGCAUGGCCUGGCCAGCUGUGCCCCGGCCAGCUCUGCCACGGCCAGCUGUGCCCGGCCAGCUGUGCCCAGCCAGCUGUGCCCUGCACGGCCCAACAGCUGUGCCCUGCAUGGCCUGGCCAGCUGUGCCCCAGCCAGCUGUGCCCCGCCAGCUGUGCCCCACAAGGCCCUGCCAGCUGUGCCCAGCACGGCCCGACAGCGCCGCACAGCUGGAGCAGGAGCAGGAGCCGGCCCGGCGGCAGAGCCACUGCAGAGAACGGAAUCUAACACUGUGUAUCGCAGCACCUUUUUAAAGGUUUUUAAUGGAUAAUAUUUAUUCACGAGGAAAUGACUGAAAAGGUGAAAAACAAUAGAUUUUGUGACUUUUUUCUUUUUUUUUCUCUUCAUGGAGCAGGUCCUUUAAACCAACCAAAAUUUCACUGUUUUUUUUUUCUUUUAUAGGAAAAGAUUUAGAGAAAAGAAGCCACCUGUCACAGCAGCCCCGUGCAGGGCUGUGUGUGUGAGUGUGAGUGGGCAGAGCCACAGAGGGCACGGCCCUGCCAGGUGUGCCAGCCCCCUGCACACACACACCCACACCCACACCUCCCUCCCCGGAUGCCAUCCCCAAUUUAGACUAUUUUGUACCCGCCUUUCAGGUCAAUACAGUGCAAUUGCAAACUGUGUUUGUCUGCUAAUUAUUGUCUGUGGAAAUAUAUUUGUGGAGAAAAACAAAAACAACAACAAAAAAAAAAGAAGACAGGCUUUAGUAGAGUUUUAGUCCCACCUGGGUAUCUGCUUUCUAUUUUUGUUAUCACUUACUUGUAAGAGUGUGACUAGACUACAGUUCUGUAUUUUUAAAAAGGAAAAAAAACAGGUAGGAUUCUUUUUUAAUACUGUGCACACAAAUGGCAAAGAAUGAAAGCACUCAACUCAACUGCAUAGAGCGUUCCUGAGUCUGCCAGAGGUUCCUUGUAAUGUAUGCCCAUGCUUUUUACUUUUUACUUUUGGUUCCUAUAGAGAAAUUCCUUUGCUGGCACUGGACGUGUAACCCGUUGUAAAUAGUAGCCAAAUAAUGUCUGGAUUUAUACUUGAUAACAAUUAACCCCAGAGCCAAAUAUCUUGCAUGGACAGAGAGGUGUUUGGCUUUUUCACAGGCUGAGGGCUCCAGUUGUCCCAUCCAUGGCUCCUGGGCUGCAUUGAUUUUGGGGAUAGACAAGGGCAGCAAUUCCAGUUCUCCAGGCCAGCACAGGGCCUGCCUGGGAAGGGGGAGCAGGACUGGAGCUUGGCAAUGUUUGCUAACAUGUGGUACAGACAGCAUAUUCUACUCACAGUCCUACCCUUGGUUUGGGAAAAGUCCCAUCAUGAACUAACAGCUAACCAAAAACUGAGAACACUGUGUGGUACCCCAGGUACCUCAAACCGGGCCUGAGCCGUGCUCAGUGCUGGCACCUCCUGUGGCACCUUCCUAGGGAGGAUUCCUCAAGGGAAAUUCAUGGCCUGAAACACAACUGCUCCCUCUUUCCUGCCCCUGCGCCCUCCUUAAUGCCCUUUCCCAGGGAUCCAGGGAGGGCAGAGUGAGGAGCAUCCCCUCCCUGCCUGCCCCAGCCUGGCUGGGCCCUGCUCAUGCACAAACCUCCCCGCCCUGUCCCCAAACCAUGGAGGGAGCAGGGGAAGGUCCCAGUCCCCUCCUGAGCAGGGAUUUUACCAAUUUCAGAGUGGAAGGAACGGCUCAAAGCGUGAUUGAGGCUGGCUCAGCAGAGGGAUGAUGUUUUGUUUUAACAUCUGUCAUAUCCUCUCCCGGUGUAAUAUUUAUCUGCACAUAUACACACACAUAUAGCUAAUUACAGACACAUACAUGUAUAGAUAAUUAAUGCUGAUUACACAUAGGAGCUGCACCCUGCUUUGGCAGCACUCCUGCUGCGCCUGAGCCAUGGCUGCUGCAUUAGCUCAGUGAGAAUCCCUCUAACCCUCCUUAGAGUCCUCCAACACCCCAGGAACCCCAGGGCUAUGGCUGAGCCUCCAGUAGCUGCACCAGCUUCAGUCAUUUAUUCCAGGGCUGUGAUAUGUUACCCAAAACUAUGUUUAGUCCUGUUUUAAAAGAUUAAAAUGCUCUGCCUUUUGCUGCUUCCUGUAGGAGGUUAUACUGCAGUUAAUCUUACCAUUAAUGAGGUUUUUUUCAAUGUUUUAAUUUAGGUUUUGCUUUAUUUUCAUUAAGUGUCAUCAUCUGAGCACCCCUGCCCUCCUAGAUCAGAGGCCUUGCUCUCCACCAGUCUCCACCUUUGCAGCCUCCUCUCCACUGGCACAGGGUGAGGGUGAAAUGGCCUGUGCUGACAGGGACAGGAAUAAAAAUUACAAAGAGUCAGGGAUUCCCAAGGAUUCUUGGUGCUGCCUUUCUUAUUCCUGAUUCAGCGUGGAGUGCUGGACCUGGCACUCCACAUCUCUGUAUCUGUAAAUAGCCCUGUGGCAGCCCUCGCCCAAAGGGGCUUUUAAUCACUGUCAGACAAACUUUUUGGGAGUAUAACACUCAAUUUUAGAGGUUAAAAAGAAGGAGGAAAACCAGUUCCAGGAGUUUCUGGCUGGCUGCUUGGGCUCUGAUUGCCACGGCCUCUGUUUUCUUCCACAGAUCAGGAAUUGUUAUCCUCGCUGGGAACCAUGGCUCUGCCCCUGCCAUGAUCAGGGCUGCCCAUGCUGUCAGUUCCUCAGCACAGGCUCUCAGGGGAUACAAACACACAGAAUUAAGGAAGUCUGAGCCUAGAGAAACAGGCUAAAAGUGUUUUUAGCGGAUGCACUAGCUCUCUCUAUCCUCUGGAGUCGCCCGAUAAAGCGUCCGAAAGCAGCUGGAACUGCCUUGUGGAACACCUGGGGUUACCCCAGGAGAGAACUGUGCACCCCUGGGGGCUGCAGGGACAGGGGUCCACCCCUGCAAGGACAGGGAUCCACUCCUGCAAGGACAGGGAUCCAUCCCAAGGACCCAUCCCCACAGGGACAGGGCAGGGAUCCAUCCCCACAGGGACAGGGCAGGGAUCCAUGCCCACAGGGACAGGGGUCCAUCCCAAGGACCCAUCCCCACAGGGAUCCAUCCCCACAGGGACAGGGCAGGGAUCCAUGCCCACAGGGACAGGGGUCCAUCCCAAGGACCCAUCCCCACAAGGAUCCAUCCCCACAGGGACAGGACAGGGAUCCAUGCCCACAGGGACAGGGGUCCAUCCCAAGGACCCGUCCCCACAGGGAUCCAUGCCCACAGGGACAGGGGUCCAUCCCAAGGACCCGUCCCCACAAGGAUCCAUCCCCACAGGGACAGGGCAGGCUCUGGAACAGCCCCAUGAGCCCCAGAACACCACCAGUGCUGUGCUGGCACUGCAGCUCCAAGCCUUUCCCCUCCUCUCAUUCCUCACAACUUUUUACAGUUUUAGAGACGCUCCUUUAAAAGAGGCAAAAAUGGAUUCUUUGUACAAAAAGCAAGUGGAAGAGUAUUGUUUUUUCAGAUUUUCCUAAAGCAAUAUAAAAAUAUCAAAGGAGCAACUCCUUUUUCUGAGCAUUUUAUUUCCUUUCCAAAGCUUUUUCUGAAGGAGAAAUAUUUUCACUGAUUUUCAGCCUAUGCUAUCAAUAGAUUUCCUCUCCUCUCACCUGGCAUUGAGCUGCUAACAGGAUUCACACCCAGCUGGCAGCAAAUGAUGAAAAAUACCUUUCACACACAGGCUUUGACUUCUAUUGACUCUUUCUAAAAGCCACCUUUUGCUUUCAGUUUCCUUACAAGGACAACCUAAGUAACACAUGGCUUUAGUGCAGAAUAAACCUCAUGGAUAAUCCAAAAUAUAUCUUUCUUUAAUUGGCAAGAAAGACCAAAUUAUUCAAUGCCACUUGUUUAACCUAAACCUGUUGCUAAUGCACCUGUACUGUAACCCAGCAUUUGUCAUUCUAGUCUAGACAGCUCAAGGUGUGUGCAUGAAAAUCAGAUUAAUACCAGCCAAAGAAUUCAAAUUUCCUUCAAGAGUUUGCUUUUUUAAGUAAAGAGGUUGCAAACAUGUUGCAUCUUACAUGUAUUGUAAAGAAAACCCAGGAAAUUAAAAAUCCCAUUUAAUUUAUGUGUUGCUACAUCCCUUGGACUUUGUAAUAUUUUAAUCUGUUGGACUAAGGCAGAGUUACAGUCAGCACUUGUGGAGAGCUGGUGAACAUCAGCAGCUUUGAACCACAAACUUAAUUCUGCUUUUAAAGCUGGGCGAAUAAAACACCUUUCCCACAUCACUCACCCUUCCAGUCCAUCUCAAUAUUUUAUUUUGGAACACUUGUUUUUCUCCAGCACUUGGAGCCAACUGCAGCAGAUCCAUGGGUUUAGAGCCCAAGUUUUUAGGCUUUGUAUUUGCCAAAAACGCUGUCCAUGGUGAUUUCCUCUCUCUAAGGCUGUCAGAGCAAAGGGAAGGCAGCGAACAUCAGGAGCUGAGCACCAGCACCUGGGCCCUGCUCCUGAGCUCCUGAGCCAUCACUAAGUGACCUCGAGGAAGUCAUUUCACCUCUCUGGCAAUCCUGUAGAGCAAGGAGCCCCUCCUCCUGCACCGAGGAGCUCAGCUCCGGACACCCAAACGCCACAGGGAAUUCUGGACAGAGCCAGAGCUGCUGCUCCUGUGCAGGGGCAGAUCCUGUGCCACCAACGCUUCAGGUGGAACAAAGAGCAGGUGACAGAGAGCUUGUGACAGUCCCCCCUCCUGUCCGCAGUCAGGUCUGUCCCUCUGUGUGUGUCCGUGUGUCCCUCCCCUCCCUGGGUUAAACCAGUGCUGCUCCAGAGCCUCAGCUGGGGGAAGGCGCCCCCAGUGCUGCUCCCCCUCCAACCACCACGGGAGCUCCAGGGGCUCCUCGGGCCAAGCGAGUCUCCACAAGCGGUGUGAUGGUCUAUUUUUGAUAAACCAGUACGGCAUUCCAAUGCAAUGGUGUUUUCUUUAGGAGUUCUAUGUUGUAAGAAGCUCUCAACCCGAUUCUUUUCUAUUUUCGUACUUUCAAUGGGCUUUGCUUUACAAAUGUCAGAGGACAGAUACGAAAUGUACCGGACACAACUGCAGGUAGCUUCAUUUGAGAACAACUUUCUAGAAGAACCGAGUUUCCUGUUGUCUUCUUUUGGAAUUGUAGUGCAUAUGUUGAAACUUGUAUAUCAUUUACAGUAUUGAGUCUUGUGCCACUGCUGUACCUGAUGUAUCCAAUCCGGAUUAAACAGAGUAUGUGCCACAAAUA